AACGAGAAGCCACCAAGACUCAAGUGACAACAGGCUUCUCAAGAAGAUUCUGCCUGCUCGAAAAUCUUACUCUUGUUUUGUUGUUAUUGAGAAGCUAGGUGUCUGCCAUUUUUACAUUUCUCAUUUUAUUUAAAAGGAAAUCAGUGAAUCAAAAAUGCGGCUAAAUAUUGCCAUUUUCUUUGGGGCUGUCUUUGGUGCUUUGGGGGUUUUACUCUUUUUGGUGGCUUUUGGAUCUGAUUAUUGGCUUCUUGCGACUGAAGUGGGGAGAUGUUCAGGUGAACAGAAUAUAGAAAAUGUCACUUUCCACCACGAAGGAUUCUUCUGGAGAUGUUGGUUUAACGGGAUUGUGGAAGAGAAUGGCUCGAAUAUCUGGAAGUUCUGGUACACCAACCAGCCACCGUCCAAGAACUGCACCCACGCUUACCUGUCACCGUACCCCUUCAUGCGGGGUGAACACAACUCCACUUCCUAUGACUCCGCA